GUGCGUGUCGUUUACAAUAUAGUUUAGUUUUACUUUGGGCUUCGUCGUUAAUGUUGUGUAGUGGCUCUGAACAUUUUGCCGAUUAUUGAGAAUAUAAGAAUAAAGCCGAUGAAAAUGCCGCAGUUCAAAUAUGAAGAUUUCGGGAUAUAUCAGAGAUUCAGAGAAAGUUAAAUAAAAUCACACAAAAAGUAAAAGAGUGAAACACUUUCUGCAAAAAUUAAAAAGAGUUUUCAAAUUCCGUAAAAAAAUGUCAUACCAACAAAUAAGAAACUAAAGCCAUUUAAAAAAUAAAUUAUAAUAGCACAUUUACUAAAUGUUGAAAAUUGCAAAAUUCGGAAAAAAAGUUUAUUUUUCUGCAACAGUAUAUAUUUUAUAUAUACCGUUGGAUGAAUAUAUUUAGAAAAGUGUUCUAAGAUGAUAAAAGACUAAAUACAUACACAAAUACACAUGUACCACAACAUAUGUACCACAACCUAAUUGUUAUUAUUGCGGUAAUUCGAAAAUAAAGCUCUAAAACAGCUCUAGCUCAGCGAACGCCACAGUUGCUUCUCCAUACCAUUUUCGCCUACAACGAAGCAGCAGACAAGUGAAUUGCACUCAGUGUAUGUAAAUAAAUGCAAAUAAUUGUAACGUUUACGGCAAUAAUAAAACUAACGCUCCAAAUAUCAUUGAAAUUUUGUAACUUCGCUAAAUACGCAACGUAACAAACGCUAAAAUAGUGCAAACAAAACUGCAGCGACGCAAACAAUUAAACGGCACGAGCACGGCUGUUUUUGCGCAGCUCUGAACGCAAACGAUGCGCACCAAAGUGGCGAGAACGAUAGCGAAAAUAGCGAGAAGAGCAAGAGUAACAUCAAUGAUAAAUACUACCAAGAUUGUAGCGCCGUCGACACACGUAAUGAAAAUGAAACGGAUAUGUAAAAUACCAAAAUUUUUUUUAUUAAUUAUCGCAAUUUGUGUUACCAACUUCUGGGCGUGGCUUGGCGAGGGCGGAGAUGUUGGUGGUAGUUUACUGCCGCUUGCCUACUGCUCGCAUAUGACCAUCACAGCGGGUGACGCCAUCGGACGUACGUUCACUAUCGAAAUGCGUGGCAAAAAUCAUUAUCACGACGCUGGUGGGGGCGGCGGUGUGAGAAGUAGCAGUUUGGAGAAUAUGAAUAUGCAUCUGCAUGGCCUUGAUCAGGAAGGUGGCGCUAGUGGUAUGCCAGUGGAAUCAGAAGAGCGCGAUCAUAUCGCUCAUCAUUUUGAGAUGAAAAAUCAUGAGGAGUUGCUUGAGGAUAUUCGGGAUGACGCAUUUACGAAUCUAUUACCUGAGAAAGAUUUACCAAAAUUUGGUGAGCCAAUACAAAAUGUUACAGUACCAGUGGGAAGAGAGGCGGUACUGCAAUGUGUUGUCGAUAAUUUGCAGACCUACAAAAUUGCGUGGCUGCGUGUCGAUACACAAACCAUACUGACGAUACAAAAUCACGUUAUAACGAAAAACCAUCGAAUGAGCAUAACCCACGCUGAGAAACGUGCUUGGAUAUUGAGAAUUCGUGACAUCAAUGAAGCGGACAAAGGCUGGUAUAUGUGUCAGAUCAAUACAGAUCCGAUGAAGAUUCAAGUUGGUUACCUAGAUGUUGUAGUGCCACCUGAUAUACUCGAUUAUCCUACCAGCACCGAUAUGGUGAUACGGGAGGGCUCCAAUGUAACACUGAAAUGUGCAGCAGUUGGCUCACCAACACCGACCAUAACGUGGCGACGUGAAGGUGGCGAACCCAUACCUCUGCCCAACAACACAGAACUCAUCGCCUCCUAUGGAUCCUUUCUGACGAUCACUAAGGUACAACGAUUCAAUAUGGGUGCAUAUUUAUGCAUCGCUUCAAAUGGCAUUCCACCGACGGUCAGCAAACGCGUAAUGUUAGUUGUGCACUUCCCUCCAUUGAUUUGGAUUCAAAAUCAACUAGUUGGUAUAGCCACUGGCCAAAAUAUAGCACUUGAAUGUCAGUCGGAGGCGUAUCCGAAGUCUAUGAAUUAUUGGACGAAAAAUGACACGAUCAUUGUACCGGGUGAACACUUUGCAUUCGAAACUUUUGAAACUGGCUACAAAAUAACGAUGCGAUUAACCAUAAAAGAUGUUGACACUGCGGAUUUUGGUUUUUACGGUUGUGUGGCGAAGAAUUCUCUUGGUGAUACAGAGGGCACAAUUAAACUUUAUCACAUUCCACACACAACGACAGCAACCACAAUAGCACCGACGGUGGCUCUAAAUACCGUGCCAGUGGUGGUUGCGAAAUACAAUAACAAAGAUCAAGGGUUCAGUAAAAAAGUGUAUCGUACAAAAUCAAAUGUCGCAGAUACUUCACCGUCAUCAUCAUUGAAUAAUAAUGUUUAUAUUGGUGUCACAUCGAGCUUACGGAACUCACAUAAUCACAGCAAGGGGAGAGAGCAUAAUCAAUCUUUUCCAUGUAAGUCCGUGAUGACUUCCAAUUUACUCUGUGGUACAAAUUUAGCUGGGCAACUGGUUUCAAAAGCAGUAAAUUUAUCUGGCGCCUUGUCAUCUAAUCAUAAUUCACGUCUUUAUGUGGGUUGCUUGGUAUAUCUCACACAAGGAUUGCACAUAUUGCUCAGGACGCACGAACGUUGGCAGGUGAUUCGCUAUUUAAUAUGUAGAGUGCAGCCACCAAAGUAGUUCCACAUUGACGCACCAGGAUAUCAAAUGGGGACAACUUCCGAUAAUGUAACUCUUUAAGUAUCUGGUAGAAUGAUUCAAGGAAGGUGAUAGCAAGCUAGAUCACGUCGCUGUACAGCUCAAAAUGUGCUUUAUGCGGUCUAAACAGAUGUAACAAAGGAAGAAGCAUUUAUAACACUAUCUGAAAAAACACUUACUUUCCAUUCGCGAUUGGUCAGCACUUAAGUUCUUAAUACAACUGUUACUUUGCGACGAAUUCGUCUGAAUUCAAUCACAAGAAGAUGAAGACAAACAUUUCAGAAUUGAAAAGCAGUAGUAGUUAUUAAAAACCAUUCGUUUUAAGAGGAAUUAAAAGAGAUAUCUGUGAGGUCUCUUAAAUUCUUAGAACGUGCUUUGGAACGGAAUAUUUAAUUCAUUUUAUUUCCUAUAGGAGUAGGCAAAGUGUUCGCUGAAAUAAUAUGUCAACUAUAAAUCAUACAAUGUGAGUUUUACAGCCAGAGCUUAGUUUAGAGCGCUUAUUUAUUAUACAAUAACUUGGUUAGUUUUAAUUUUAAAUCCAGACAAGCAUUUUGAAUAGAAAAUAUGUAUUUAUUUUUAUACUGAAUUGUUAUUAGAAAUAA